GGAGAGGCUCGCCUCGAACCUUCUUUCUCCUUCACCCGGCCUCCACGCAACGCGAACGAAACCGAAGUCCCAAAUCAAUCCAUUUCAUUUCGGUUUCGAAUCCCCUGGGGACGAGCUCGCGUCGCCUUCCCUCUCCGCCCGCCCCGUCGCCAUCCGCCCCCUUCGAAUCUGCAGGGCGGCGCCGCCUGGCCUCGUUGUCGCCACGGGAGGCGCGCGGGAUGGGGCGGUUGUUUGCGGUGGACGCCGCGGCGGCCUCGUCGGCCGCGGCCGCGGCGGCGCUGAACGGCGCGGUGGACUGGUGGAAAGACGUGAACGACUCGCCGAUGUGGCAGGACCGCAUCUUCCACGCCCUCGCCGUGCUCUACGGCAUCGUCUCCGUCGUCGCGCUUGUCCAAUUGAUCAGAAUCGAGUGUAGGGUGCCCGAGUACGGGUGGACGACGCAGAAGGUGUUCCAUUUCCUUAACUUCAUCGUGAAUGGCGUGCGGGCUAUCGUAUUUGUGCUGCGGCGAAACGUGCAGCUGAUACAACCAGAGAUACUUCAACAUGUGGUUCUUGACAUGCCUGGGCUUGCGUUCUUCACUACAUACGCGCUUUUGGUGCUAUUCUGGGCCGAGAUUUACUAUCAGGCACGUGCGAUGUCGACUGAUGGGCUGAGGCCAACUUUCUAUUGGAUCAAUGGGGUGGUGUAUGCAAUUCAGAUAAUUCUGUGGUUGGUUUUGUGGUGGAAACCAGUUCGAAUUAUGGUCAUAUUGUCCAAGAUGUUCUUUGCAGGCGUAUCACUGUUUGCAGCUUUUGGGUUCCUUCUGUAUGGUGGGAGGCUAUUCCUCAUGUUGCAACGUUUUCCCGUAGAAUCAAAAGGAAGACGGAAGAAAUUGCAGGAGGUUGGCUAUGUCACUACCAUCUGCUUUACUUGUUUCUUGAUCAGAUGUGUCAUGAUGUGUCUCAAUGCAUUUGAUAAAGCAGCUGAUCUUGAUGUUCUGAGCCAUCCGAUUCUGAAUUUCUUUUAUUACCUGCUGGUCGAGAUCGUACCUUCAGCUAUGGUUCUGUUUAUACUAAGGAAACUGCCCCCAAAACGUGGGAUCACGCAGUACCAUCCUAUCCAUUAGAGCAGAGCAGCCCUGGUACCAGGCUGGUACAGACGAAUGCUCCUUACAGAGUUCGUAAAUACAUGAGAGGCAAUGUGAAGAUCACCGCACUUGCACUGAAGCUUGCCCAGGUUUUAAAUGAGGAAGCCUUUAGGAUUUCAGGUUACUAUUGCUUGUAAAAGAGAUUUGCAAUGUAGUUCAAAAAAAGAAGAGAUUUGCAAUAUCAUGCUGUUUACAGGUCUAGAAAAAUGCAAGUUUUAUAUAAUGUAUGUAUACCUUUGUUCUUCUCAGUACUUUCACCCUGUAGUCUGCACCGCGCGACAGCAAUCACGGCUGGAAUCGCAUAUUUGAUUUUUGACCCACCUUGCCAUUUCA